GGCCAAGUUACUACUAGACGGGGGCCUGAGCCCCAGAAUUACUGUCCUGGCCUUCAGGGUCGCGAGUGCCCGGCUGGCCUAGGGGCGGCACAGACACCAGCGGCCGGCCUCUCGGGCUGCCUACCGGGGUUGCUGAAGAUACCAGCCAGGGUCAGCUAGAGGCUCCUCCUCGCAGGCCUCCUUCACAUCGCUGGCGGAAGGCCCGCGCACCGCCUGCAAAGUAUCCCGAGCCGGGGGCAGGGGUGUGUGUGUGGGGGGGUGUGGCCUGCGGGCCCACGUUGAGAUCCUAGGCCCGCGGCUCGUUUCCACGCUCCCCUGCUGAGGCUUUCCCCGCCAUACCCACAUUCCAGGCAAAGUUCAGCCUCCUGAACCCUGAGCCUGGUCCCCACAGAUGCCAGGGGUACAGCAGAGUCAGAGCGGGGCACCUGGGUAGGGGGGUCAGGACCAGGUUUGAACUCAGGCUCUGCGACGUUCAGAGCUUACUGCCCAUCUGCUGUGUCCCUGGCCCCCACCCAGCUCCCGCGGAGUCAGGUUAGGUCGGUGCACAGGGAGCCUCCCGGGAGGCCGGCUAGCGUCGGAGCUGCCUUGCUAUCCUGCCUGGCUGUAAGUUCGGAGGACUGUUUCCCAAGAGACUGGCACCCAGUGGCAGGAACGGGGGCAGAGGGGCCGGCGACACACAGAAGAGCAGGCAGGGCCAAACAAACACUUGGGGUCAGGAAGGCGGGAGGGCAGAGUCCUGGGGCCCACACCUUGGCCAACAGUCCAUGAGUCACCGCACAGGGGCGGGUCGCCGGCGGAGGUGGGCACUCCUGGACAUUUCCCGGAGUUAGGAGCAGGUGCCAUGGGGCUCUGGAGGCGACUGGCCUUCUCGUUGCUGCUGCUGCUGCUGCUUUGGGGCCUGGGGCAGUCGCCAUGGGCGGCGGCGGCGGCCCCGGCCCUGCGCUGGCUCCUGGGCGACCCAGCCUGCGGCCUGCUGCUGGGCCUGGCCCUGCUGGCAGGGCCCUGGCUGGGCCCCUGGACACCGCACUGGCUGAGCCUGGCUGCUGCGGCCCUGCUACUGACCCUGCUACCCGCACGGCCGCCGCCCGGGCUCCUCUGGCUGCCGGCCGACCUGGCCUACACCUUCCUGAUGCUCCGCCUGGGCCUCCGCACCUGGGCACGCUUGCGGCGCCGGCCUCCGGACACCUUCGUGGACUCCUUUGAGCGGCGUGCACGGGAGCAGCCGGGCCGCACGAUCCUGGUGUGCACCGGUCCGGGGGGCCGCGCGGUCACCUUCCGGGAGCUGGACACCAGGGCCUGCCAGGCGGCCUGGGCCCUGAAGGCCGAACUGGCCGGCACCGAGGGCCUGCGCGCCCGGGAGCCCACCGCCCUGCUGGUGCUGCCCUCGCAGAUGCUCCCCGCCCUGAGCCUGUGGCUAGGGCUGGCCAAGCUGGGCUGCCCGGUGGUCUGGAUCAACCCUCACGGCCGCGGGCCACCCCUGGUGCACGCGGUGCUGAGCUCCGGGGCCCGCGUGCUGGUGGUGGACCCAGAGCUCCGGGCAAACCUGGAGGAGGUCCUGCCCAAGCUGCAGGCGGAGAAGGUGCACUGCCUCUACCUGGGCCGCAGCUCCCCCACGCCCGGGGUGGGGGCCCUGGGCGCCGCCCUGGCCGCCGCCCCCUCAGACCCCGUGCCCGCCGACCUGCGGGCGGACAUCAAGCUGCGAAGCCCAGCCCUGUUCAUCUACACCUCGGGGACCACCGGGCUCCCCAAGCCCGCCAUCCUCACCUACGAGCGGGUGCUGCAGGUGGCAGGGAUGCUGACUCUGUGUGGGGUCACAGCCGACGACGUGGUCUACACGGUCUUGCCUUUGUACCACACCAUGGGGCUUGUCCUUGGAGUCCUCAGUUGCCUGGACCUUGGGGUGACCUGUGUCCUGGCCCCCAAGUUCUCUGCCUCCAGCUUCUGGGAUGACUGUCGACAGCAUGGUGUGACUGUGAUCCAGUACGUGGGCGAGAUCCUGCGGUACCUGUGCAACACACCCCAGCGGCCAGAGGACCGGACACAUAAAGUCCGCCUGGCGAUUGGCAAUGGACUCCGGGCAGAAGUGUGGGAGACCUUCCAGCGGCGCUUCGGCCCCAUUCGGAUCUGGGAGAUGUACGGCUCCACCGAGGGCAACGUCGGCUUCAUCAACUAUCCGGGGCGCUGUGGGGCCCAGGGCAAGACCAGCUGCUUACUCCGAAUGCUGUCCCCCUUCGAGCUGGUGCAGUACAGCCUGGAGACAGAGGAGCCUCUGAGGGACAGUCAGGGCCUCUGCAUCCGUGCGAGGCCAGGGGAGGCGGGACUCCUGCUGACCCAGGUGUUGCGUCACCAACCUUUCCUGGGCUACCGCGGGCCCCGGGAGCUGUCAGAGAAGAAGCUGGUGAAGAACGUGCGGCGCCCGAACGACCUUUACUACAACACCGGGGACGUGCUGGCCAUGGACCACGAAGGCUUCCUCUACUUCCGCGACCGCAUUGGGGACACCUUCCGGUGGAAGGGUGAGAAUGUGUCCACGCGGGAGGUGGAGGGCGUGCUGUCAGUCGUGGACUUCCUGCAGGAGGUGAACGUGUACGGUGUGCCUGUGCCAGGGUGUGAGGGCAAGGUGGGCAUGGCCGCCGUGCAGCUGGUGCCCGGCCAGGCCUUCGACGGGCAGAGGCUGUACCAGCACGUACGCACUUCUCUCCCGGGCUACGCCGCUCCCCAUUUCAUUCGUAUCCAGGACGCCUUGGAGAUCACAGGCACGUUCAAACUGGUGAAGUCCCGGUUGGUGCGCGAGGGCUUCAAUGUGAGCGUCGUUGCUGAUCCCCUGUUCGUGCUGGACAACCAGGCCCAAGCCUUCCGGCCCCUGACUCCAGAUAUAUACCGGGCAGUGUGUGAGGGAGUCUGGAGACUCUGACCUCCCAUCAGCUCACAGGACAUCCGAAGGCGCUCCACCCAACGCUGUUCCCCCCUCCCCUUGUCCCCUCACCCACUCCCCAAACCCGACGAGCCUGGCCUUAUCCCCAGCUUCACAGGCUGGGGUGACCCUGGCCCGCACCAGAGCGAGAAUAAACCGGGAUGUGUA